GGCGGGGAGGAGCUGAGGGGGUUCAGAACGCGCUCGGCCGCUGGGUGGGUCGGGGCGUUCGGCGCGCCCUUCAUUGAAGCGGCGGUGGCUGGGCUGGGCGCCGGGAGUGGGAAGCGACGGCGCGGCUGGAAAAUGCCAGUCCAUUCCCGAGGGGAUAAGAAGGAGACGAACCAUCACGAUGAGAUGGAGGUGGACUACGCCGAAAAUGAGGGGAGCAGCUCAGAGGACGAGGACACGGAGAGCUCGUCGGUCUCCGAGGAUGGAGAUAGCUCAGAAAUGGAUGAUGAAGACUGUGAAAGAAGAAGAAUGGAAUGUUUAGAUGAAAUGUCCAAUCUAGAAAAACAGUUUACCGAUCUCAAGGAUCAACUUUAUAAAGAACGAUUAAGUCAGGUGGAUGCAAAACUACAAGAAGUCAUAGCUGGAAAAGCACCAGAAUAUUUGGAACCACUGGCAACUUUACAAGAAAAUAUGCAAAUUCGUACAAAGGUAGCAGGAAUCUAUAGAGAGCUCUGCUUAGAAUCUGUAAAGAACAAAUAUGAAUGUGAAAUUCAAGCCUCUCGCCAGCAUUGUGAGAGUGAAAAGCUUUUGUUAUAUGAUACAGUCCAGAGUGAACUGGAGGAGAAGAUAAGAAGGCUUGAAGAGGACAGGCACAGCAUUGAUAUUACCUCAGAGCUGUGGAAUGAUGAGCUUCAGUCAAGAAAAAAGAGGAAGGAUCCUUUCAGUCCUGACAAAAAGAAGCCAGUUGUUGUUUCAGGUCCAUAUAUAGUUUAUAUGCUACAAGAUCUUGAUAUUCUUGAAGACUGGACAACAAUUAGGAAGGCAAUGGCUACACUGGGUCCACACAGAGUGAAGACAGAACUUUUUGAACUGAUCCCUUUAGCGCCUGUGAAACUGGAAAAACAUCUGCACAGUGCUAGAUCUGAAGAAGGAAGAUUAUAUUAUGAUGGUGAAUGGUAUAUACGUGGACAAACAAUAUGUAUUGAUAAAAAAGAUGAAUGUCCUACAAGCCUUCCUCAUGUGAAAGUUGUUCGGAUACACAUAUUACCUAUUGCUACUCAGAACUCAAACACCACUCCAAGAACGUGUACACCUCACUGAUAAUUGUUCAAAAAGAAGAACAAGGAUGUCAGCUGUUAUUUCCAAGGUUUGGUUUGUGGACCGAAUAAGUUCAGUACACUAAAACUGAACUAAAAUGAAUUUAUAAGGUAAGAAAAGUGGAUGCAGGAUGAAUAUACUAGUUAGGAUUUAUGUAGUCUCGUGCCAAAUUGGAAUAUAAACUAUUUUAAUUGCUAAAGAUUAGGAAAUCUAAAAUAUUUUUAAAAAGCACAUGAAAGGUUAGAAUGGGGUUAGAGAAAAACGUUAUGUCCCUUACACUGUCUUUAUGGAUGAACUCAGGAAUUGUGGCUGGUAGGUCAGGUGGGAUUAACUGAGGCAGUUUCCCCCAUUGGGUCACUGCGGCCCAGUCUUGCCCUUUACUUCACAGGCCCAGAAACUUGAACUUUAUAUAUCCUGUUAUGAGCUGAAUUGUGCCUUCCCCCUUCCACCCCCUCCACCAAAUUCAUAUGCCGAAGCAUUACCCCCCAGCACCUCAGAAUGUGACUGUAUUUGAAGAUAGGGUCCUUUAGAGAGGUUGAUCAGUUAAAAUGAGAUCAUUUCAGGGUAGAUCCUAAUCCAAUCUGACUGAUGUCCUUACAAGAAGAGGAAAUUUGGACAUCAGACAUGUGCACAGAGGGGAGACUCUGAGGAUAGAGAAAGGUAACUCUCUGCCAGCCAAGGAGAGAGCCCUCAGAAGAAACCAAACCUGCCAACACCUUGAUCCUGGACUUUAACAUCCAGCUCUGUGAGGAAGUAAGUUUGCGUUGUUUAAGCCACCCAAGUCUACGGUAUCUUGUUAACGGCAGCCCUGGCAGACUGAUACAUGCCCCAACGUGACAGCUUUCUGGUUAAGUCAGGCUGACUGACCCACAGUGGAUCGAAGGGGCAGCCAAGUGACAAUUUAAUCAUUUAAAUUGGGAAGUAUAAAUGAGAAGGAGACCUGACUCCUCAAGUCAAUUCUUUCCUUUUAGGAAAAUCUGUGUAAAGCCACCUUGUGAUCAGAAGAUUUGUUUUGGUGAAACUUCAGAGUCUCCGGUUUCCUGGUGAGGCUGCCCCAUUUCUGGUAUUGUGCUGGAUAUAUUGCUAUCAUCUUACUUUUGACUUUUUUUUUUCCUGGUGCCCUGCUAACCAAGAUCUCUCCUCUGUUCAUGGGCCCUGCAGGUCUUGCCCACUUUCCCGCUCUAAGUUCUUUCUGUACCAUAGGCUUUCCCAGAGUAGACCCUGACACACGGGCAGCCAGUGAUAUAGUAUUUAAUUGUUAAUGCUUGCUAUGUAUCAGGAACUAUGUUUAAUGUAUAAACAGAGCAUUGUUAUUUAAUUUUUUUCGUGUUUAAAACAAAAUGAACAUAAUGUAAGAAUUCUAAUAUGUUUACUCUUUAUCCUAUAUUAUUAGAAAUUUCUGCUCGUGAGGUUUUUCACAAGUUAUGAGAGGCAAUAUACUGUGGCAGAACUUGUAUUUGGAGUGCUCCAAAACAGUUGCUUUUAUCCCAAGUUGCUAAUCAUUUUGAGAGCUGUGUGUUUAUCUUUCUCCUUCCCUUGCCGCCCACACACCCACUCAUCCACCCAUGCAUCUAUCUAUCCAUCACUAGAAAGCAACUUGUAAGUCUAAAAUUUCUUUGCUCCCAAACUUGAAGCUAAUGUAUUGUCUUCAAAGACACAUUUUAUAUUCAAGUAAGUGCAAGGGAAAAAGUUAUGUAAUAACAGUCUUUGGAGUUUACUUUUCCUUGUCCUAUCCAUUUUUCUGUGUCUAAUGUGGGUCUGAGGUGGGUGGCUUUGCCAGCACACUAGUCCAGAAGCAGGCCACAUGGACGAUUUCAUUUCUACCAGAGCAGAUUACAAUUUAUGUCAAACUGCUUAGAAAACCAGAUCCUUCAGCUGAGGCUAAAUGACAUCUGCUUAUAUUAGAGAGAUGUGAAAAGAAAUAUCCUAUUUCAUUUAUUAUUGAAAGAAUUUGAAAAUGGCAUUUUUUUUUUAACAUUUAUUUUUGAGACAGAGAGAGAGAGAGCAUGAACGGGGGAGGGUCAGAGAAAGAGGGAGACACAGAAUCUGAAACAGGCUCCAGGCUCUGAGCGGUCAGCACAGAGCCUGACGCGGGGCUCAAACCCACGGACCGCGAGAUCAUGACCUGAGCUGAAGUUGGACGCUUAACUGACUGAGCCACCCAGGCUCCCCGAAAAUGGCAUUGUUAAUGGCAGAAACAGUAAAGUGCUUUCACUCACUUGACGAUAAGUUUAUGAUUUUAGUACAUUGUGUUUAAAUACAUCCAUGGGCAAUUGUACUUAUUAAGGAAAACUGAUUUAAAAAAAAAGACUUCAGGCACUGUUUAAAUUACUCAUGGACUAUGGCAGUUUUUCAUUUUCAUUAACACUCCACAGUGUUAAUCUAUAUUUUAUACUUUAUAUAUGUAUUUAUAACAACAGUAUCCACUACACAGGGUCAGCUUGGCCUGGGUCUUUGCUACACACCCAUGUGAGUUGCACCCUCUCAUGCCCAGGGGUUCUUGUGUUCUUUGUCUCACUUCAUCACAGCCACAGAGUGGCCUUGUUUGAUGUGGGUGCUUUAUGAGGUUGUUUCUAGUCAACAAGAGAACGCCGAGGCCCAGCAGCGAGGGCCAGGCAGUUCCUGGUUUCUUCCUUCUCACGUGUGCAUUUGCGACUCUACCAAUAUCUUUAGUUUUUAUUCCUUGAAUUUGUGGUGAAAUUACAAAAGUUCAUUAUCCUUUUUAAGAUGAAAGUCAACAGAAUAUGAGCCCUGUUGUUUGUGAUAAAUGUUGCAAGGGUCAGAAACCAACUUCAGAAAAAUAGACAAAGGGGAAUUUAUUAGAAGACUCAUGUAACACGAGGAAGAUCGGGGUUCAGAUGGGCUGUGGGCCAGCUGGAAGCAGGAAGUUAAAUGCCAAGAAAUUACUCAUCUUCCGUGUCUUCGGCUCUCUGUGUCAUCUUUCUCCACAGCUCAAGAAACUUAAUUGCCUGUCGUUCUCAAACUUUGUUGCCUUCCCGGUCGGUAUCAAUGUGAGAGGGAAACUGAUUCUAUUUCCACCGUUGUAGCUUGAGAGAUCCCAGCGAAGUGUUCUAAUUGGGGCAGCCUGAGUUAUAUGCCCACUGAAACAACUGUGACCAAGACUGGCAGAGCCUGAGAGAAACAGGUGCUCCUGUGGGAGCCACAUGGUUGGGGGAAAAGCCUUUCUUGGAAAAAGUGGAACUGCAGUGCUCUGCAGAUAAAAGAAUUGAGGUCCAGCAGGGAGUGUAAAACAAAACCAAAAACAAACAGUUCUGGGUUCUAGAAAUAUAACAUUUGCUAUCAAGAAAAGGGCAGGAAGCAAGGAGACCAGUUGGGCCAUCACAAUCAUCCUUGUAAAUAUACUAAAGGCUUGAAUUAGGGUAGCAUCAGUGGCACAGGAGAAAAGGGUGAUUUUAGAAAAUGUUUCCGAGUUAAAAUCUAUGAGGGGUCGAAAUAUAUAAAUAGCCCUUACGUAGGAUUUAUCAUGUCAUAGGCACUGUUUUAAGCUCAUGGCAUAUAUUAAUUCAUUGAAUUUUCCUCACAACCCUAUGAAACAUCAGGUGUCAUUAUUUUCAUUUUCAGAUGAGGACGUUGUGAGGCACACAAAGGUUAAGAAAUUGCCCGUGGUCACACAGCUGGUAAGUGGCAGAGUUCGCAGUUAGUCUUGCCCUGAAGGCCAUGAGUUUAAUCACGUACCCCAGCAUCCCUAAGGUCUGAAUUUGGGUGGAUCAUUGCAUGAAUCAAGGGUGGGAACACAAGAGGAGUACAGCUGGGACUGGGGGAGGGAUGCAAAGAAGAGAUAAUAUUUGUGUUUCUUUUUUAUGUGUUAAGUUCAAAAGGUGUGACGGCCAGAUGGAAAUGCCCAGCAGGUAACAAUAUAUAACUUGGGUGAGGGCAGAGAUUUAGAUUUGGGAUUGUGAGAGCACAAGUGGUAGCUAAAGUCAAUGAAGCGAGCAAAAACUUCUAAAAGGGCUUGAAAGAACGGCUUAUGCAGCGUGAAGGAAAACCAGCAAUAAAAGAGAAGGGAGAAGAAUGACGAUGAAAAUUAUCACCAGAAUCUGUGUUUCUGUUGAUAAAGAGAAAUAGGCACCCUUGUAUACUGUUAGUGGGAGUGUAAAUUGGUACAAUUUGCAGGAAAAUGUAGCAAUACCUAAUAAACUAUAAAAUCCCCCA